UGAUCGACGAGGUCCGCCAUUUGCAAUCGUUCGCUGCAUUCAUUUGCGUUUCGUUUCGUUUGCUCCGAUCUUUCCCGUCGGCUUCUCUCCACAUUACGCUUAGCGUCGCCGCUUUGCAUUAGAAGCACAAUGUCAUUUAAUCGAGGAGUGAAGAGGGAUUCCUUCGGGAAUCGAGGAAAUUUCAAUCGUGGUAAUACCGGAGGCGGUGGUGGUAACAGAGUUGGCAAUAACAGCGGCAUGGGAAGUAACAUGGGUGGCGGAAUGAGCGGGAGCGGCGGCAUGGGUGGAAUGAAUCCUUGGGAGAGUGGCAUGAUGCCUGGCAGAGGCAUUCUACCUACGCCCAACAACAAUCUCUCCCUGGCAUCGCCGCAGGCACAGCUAGCGAUCGCCAGCAACCUCCUUACAAAUCUACUUCGCAGUCAGCAAGAGUCGCAGCCGCAGGUGCCGUCUCUAAUGAGUCUGGGAAAUAAUUAUUCUGGACCAGGACCGAAUUAUCCUAAUCAACAGAACUAUUCCUCCGGACGAUUUAACGAUCGUGUGGCACGGCAUCCCAUGAAGAACCAACGUCCUCAGCCAUACAAUAAGAUGGGCAAUCGAGCCCGAGAUGGCCCCGCUGGGCGACGUGGCCCAUCCGCACAACAAUCUCGUGCACCCCAGUCUGGCAGUCAACGUAUGAACGGAAACCAAAUACAACAUCGCAACGAUAAAUCUUCUAAACCAAUUCCUGCCUCUAAACAAAAUCAGACUGCCAAAAAGGAACAGCAGGAUGUUAAGACCUCUGAUAGCGAAAAAGCAGAACCGCCUGUUCCGAAAAGCAAUGACGUAGACGAGUCCGAGGAUAAGAAGCGCGAUUGGAAGGAUGAGAAAAACACGGAAGAAGCAAAAGUUGAGAAAACAGAAGAUGAAAAAAUGGAAGAUAGCGAGAAAAAGGUAGAGAAGUCCGCAGCGGAAGAUUCUCCAUCGAAGGAGGCGAAAGAUGCGUCUGAGAAAACCGAUAAAGAAAACACAAAAGUGACUGGCAAGAAAUCGGAAGUUAGACACGCUGAAAGUCGUUACGCCGAAGUUCCGAUGAACCAUAUGUUUUGUCACAUUUGCAAUAAGCAUAUGUGGGAUGGAUUUUCCUUUGAAAAUCACCUACGUGGACGUGCGCAUCAGCUGAUGAUGGAAAAGUUGGACGAGUCGUACAAAUUGAAGGUCGAUCUGAUGAGACACGAGCUGCGAGUUGCCGAGGAGCAGCGUGAACUUAGCUUGAACAACUCGAAACGACGCGGGAAAAAAGUGUCUGUAGAUUUCAACGUGAGAGAAUAUUGUACGAUGUGCGAUCUGAACUUUUACGGAACCUUGUCUACGCAUAGAAAGAGCGAGAAGCAUCAACAAUUGAAAACCUUUUUGCAUCCCCGCUGCUUCCCUUGUCUAAAAGAAUUCCCGUCUCGCAUAGAAUACGAUGAGCACUGUUUAACACCCGCUCAUAUGAAGAAUGCCGUUCAGUGCGAGGAGCAACGGAAAAAUAAAAAGAAAGACAAACUGGCAAAGGGAGAAGCUGAGGUUCGCACCGCGGAAGACGAGGAGAAAGAUGUUUGUCAUGACGCGAAGAACGAAAAAGAGGAGGAUUCAGAAGAACAAGAAUACAUCACGGAUAUUAUAGAAAAUAUAACUGAGAAGAAAUUCAAAAUACCGUCUUACAAAUAUUGCCGUCAAAAUCAGAUCUUUAUUGGUAAAUCUAUGGUCAAAGAAGUCCAAGGGUUUUACUGCGAGCGUUGCCGAAGGUUUAUGCUCUUAGCUGAAGAUAUGAAUGCUCAUUUACGCAGCAUUACGCACUACCGGAACUUUGUAGCGGAGAUAAAAUCGUUAACAUCAAGUGCGCCAGCUGCAGAAUCGAAAGAAACUGAACAAGCUGAGAAUGAGAAAAAUGUCGAAGAUAAAGACGAAUCCGAUGUACAUUGGAAACGUCGUAAGAUCAGUCAUGAUGAAAAUGAAGAUAAUGAUAAGCCGAAAGAGCAAGAGAAUAGUGCUGAUAAUGCAAAUGUGGCACCGAAGAGAUCGGAUGGAGAGGAGAAGUAUGAUCCAUUGGAAGCCGAUGCCGCCGAAUCGGAGGAGGAGGAAAAUCGCGAGGCGGAGGAAAAUGCGAAGGAAAAUGACAAGGAAACUACCGCUAACACACAAGAAAACGCCACUAACACAAAAGAUGCAAAAACACCAGUCGACGAAAUGUGGACGGAUAUAGACAAUGACAACGAUACUGAGAUGGGUAAUCUGGUCGACGAGGCGGAAGAAAAAGAACAUGUGGAACCGGAAAAGCCUUUGCCGAAGAUAGAACGAAAUCGCAGCCCUCAAGUGAAGCAGUCUAGAGGUCGCGGAUUCGGGCGCGGUCGCGGUGGUCCGCGUGCCAGGAGGUCACGGCGAUAAGGUAACACCGCGAUUUACGAAAAUAUGAAAGUAAACGCGAGAAAAGUACGUCGAUCUAAGGGAAAUUCAAUUGCGUGUUUCAUAUUCAGAUACAUUUUAAUGAUAACGGAUAGAACACAUUUUUAUCAUUGAAGCGUGUAAUAUUAAUGUUAUUUAUUAAUAUUGCACACUAUAUUAGCGUUUAACAUUACAUGUGAACAUAUAUGAUAGUAAGUUCUUAAUUAAAAGUUCUUAACUAUGAACGACCUAUUUCAUUAGCACCAUGUAUCAGAAGAGGGUAUGUAUGCGCGAGGGAUUUAGAUUUUUUGUAUAAAUGAUGAUGGUCUUUUAGUUACAAGCAUGAUAAUUUUUCUCUGAUACUUUGCAAUUGCUGACGUUAUACAGUAUGGUUCUGAAAUAGUUGGUCAAAAUCAGGGAUUGGAUUGGGCUCGUCAUAAAGAUGAAAAAAGUUCCCAUAAACGUUGGUUCAAAAACGCAUCCGAGAUUGCAUUAUCAACAGCUGCGAAAUUAUAAGAAAUACGCCAAGAAUCUUUGAGCGUGUUAGACAGUCAAUGGUUAGACGGAUGGAAGCGUGUGUUUUAGUUAACGGUGGACAUUUCCAACAACUUCUGUAAAUAAAAAUAAUCCCUGAUUUUGACCGACGAUUUCAGGACCACUCUGUACAUGUAAACGAUGAAAAUUAUUCGAUAUUGCACGUAAUUGCGAAUAUAAUUAGAGGAAAUUAAUCAUGCAUAUUGUAUACGAUAUCAAGAAGCAGGAUGUUUUAAAAGGUGAACAAGGUGAACAGAUGUCUCCGUCGAAAUCUAAGCACGCAUCUAAUAUGAUGAUAUACGCAAUCGAAAUACAUAAUGUCAAAUUUAUAUUCAUUUAUAUUAUAUUAAUAGAUACCUGUGGUUUGUUCUCCAUAAGAAUAUUCUUAUAUCAUGUAUUGAUAUUAAUGAUAAAAGGCUACAAGAGAGUUUGCGACCUCAUUAUGUUCCUAAACAAAGAUAAACGAGUUCUCUUUAUUUCUUAACAUUCGAAUUCUUCUUUUAUAAGAUCACUGGGUUCAUAAACGUUACAUUUUUCAAUGUAAUAUUUAUACAUUGAAAGGAAUGCUGAAAGUGGUGGUGUUAUAGCUUUACAAUUUUGUAUUUUGCUUUAAUCGUAUGUAUGAGUGUCUCGAUCAUUUUCAUAAUAAAAAAAUGUUUCUAUAUAUAAAGACAGAUCACGAUUGAUCUGUGCACUCUCAUUGUAUAAGGAUAGGACAUUUUAACGAAAGAAGGUUUUUUUUUGUAUCUAUUUUAAAAAUAUGCUCUAAAGGAAUGUGAAAAAAUUAAAACACUAUUAUAUAUCGUGGUUUACAAUACUGUUCUGUUACAAAGGAUGUGGAAGCGGUAAUUGGAAUGUUAGACGAUAUGAACACAUAUGACAGUAGAAGAUAAGACGUAAUCACAUACAUGUACUGUAUAUGUAAUAUUCAUAUUAAAUGGAAUAGUUUAUUAAGAA